ACACAGUGAGGAAUGUUGUUGGGUUACCUGCUACAGGGUGGGACUGACACACAGGUUUAAUCAGUUGUCUCAGUGGAGACUCAGACUCAUUCAGUCCUUACACUGUGCUGCAGUUAUGGUCUCAGGUGCAUUCUCCAGCAUUUUGUGUGUUUUUUGUCUGGCUUUGGCCCAGGCAGCAUGGGCGGAUUCCUGCAGCAGCUACUGGGAUGAGGACAAUGACUUCCAUGAAGCUCAGCAGUGCUCCGCGUUCUGUUGUGGAUACUGUGCUAAAAGAUACUGCUGCAGUGAAAAGAAAUACCGCUUCACUCAAGAAAAACAGGAGCGUUGUCCUGGGUCUACGAAUAACAAAUUUAAAAACAUUGGCAUCAUUGUGGGAAGCAUUAUUGGGUCAAUUGUUCCCAUCAUCGUCUGUGCGACUCUCAUCAUCUGCUGUGUGGCGCCUUGCUGUUUUUGCUACAAGAAGUUCAGAAAAAGACGCAGCCAAAGACAAAUAGUUGUGAUUAAUUCUGCAGGUAACACACCCCAGCAGCCAACAUCACCGUUUGCAUAUCUGCCGUCCUAUCCAGGAUAUCAGCCGGUGGCAGAAACAGAGGGAACCUGUGUGCCCUCUGCCCCGCCUCCUUUCUACAUGGAGAGUACCAAUCAAGCGCAGCCAGUGUACGCCCAUCAUCCUUCAAGUCAACCAAACGCACCACCAUCACACCUGGAUGAACUUCUCCCACCACCUUACAACCCCACUUAUGGACCAAACCCCUGAGUUGGACAUUCAGCGACACUUCAGACUCAGAGGCAUUGAACCAUCUUUAGGGAAAUUGGGAAACAUUUGAAAUAUGUUUGGGAUUGCUUGGAAAAGAGGAAGUAGUAGGAAUAGCGUUAGAUCUACCCAGGGAAGUCUUCAUGCUCCUUUUGUAAAGGGAAAUGUUCACAUAUUUCAUUAACAUUUGGGCCGAAUGUGCAGUCUUUCUUACAAGGCAAUUAUGACUAUCAAAAGAAACAUUAGGAAAUUAGAUGCAGCAACAGUCACACAAAGUACAGAGCUUUUUGUAAUGUUAUGUGAUAUAUUCAUUCGGUAUUCUACUCAUUAUGACACAACAUUGAAUGAUGUAUUAUUUUACAAACCAUGCAACGUUACAAACCUCAAAUAAAUAAAAAUGCUUUUGCUUAACUGGUAUGUUACAACUACGUGAACAAGUUUGUGAAACUAUAUAAAACCCUGUCAUCUUAUAUUUAUAUUCUAAUUUAAUUUGUAUUUGAAAAUCUCCAUCUGAUGACCUGGCAGGGUCUAAAAACCAGACAAGUCAUGGACCCAAACUGCCAGCAGAGGUCAUGUCUGACACUCUUUUUCAGUAAUCGAACAUUAAACUCUUUAUGUGUAACGAUACCAUUUUGGAUGUUUGGAAUAAUAUCGAGUGUAUUUUGAUCAUGUGUUGUUUUCAUUUACAUGUUCGUUACACCAUUUUAAUGGUUACAUAGUUGAUAAAGAUUACAGAAAAUGAUUUCUCUACAUGCUGAUUAAAAGA